AUGCGGCAGUCAGCUAGUAGCUACACCGGCCAAGGAGCCUCCUCGCUGUCGGCACGGCCGGCCGUGUGGCAGUCAGCUAGUAGCUACACUGGCCAAGGAGCCUCCUCGCUGUCGGCGCGGCAGGCCGUGUGGCAGUCAGCUAGUAGCUACACCGGCCAAGGAGCCUCCUCGCUGUCGGCGCGACAGGCCGUGCGGCAGUCAGCUAGUAGCUACACCGGCCAAGGAGCCUCCUCGCUGUCGGCACGACAGGUCGUGCGGCAGUCAGCUAGUAGCUACACCGGCCAAGGAGCCUCCUCGCUGUCGGCACGACAGGCCGUGCGGCAGUCAGCUAGUAGCUACACCGGCCAAGGAGCCUCCUCGCUGUCGGCACGGCAGGCCGCGCGGCAGUCAGCUACACACCUACACGUUCAUUUGUGGCUCCAGCUACAUCCAGCGUUUCAGAUGGAAGGAAAAAGAGAGCCCUUCAAGGACAACAACAGAAUUGUCUCCAAGAAAGAAGACAAGAAGAUGGGUUCAUAUCCUACAGGAGAGCCCCAGUCCAAAAGAGAAGACUGCAAGAAGGAAGACAAGAAGAGGGUUCUCCUGAUUCCUCCAGAAGGUCCAGAUGGUCAGAUCCCUGUGCCCGUCAGCUCUUCAGGACCUAUUGUUAAUGACUGUUUGGGAGAAGACCUAUGCCGGACCAUGCUGACGCUAGAUAUGCAUACUGAGCAAGAGUACGCCAUCGACAUCUUCUCUAGUAUGAUGAAGCAACAGUCUAAGCAUGCCCUCCGGGCAGCCGACAUCCCCAAAGCUGUGACCACAGAAAUGAGGACAAUGCUGGUGGACUGGGUGGUCCAAGUUCAUGAAUAUCUGGGCCUGCAGGAGGAGACGCUCUAUCUGGCCGUGUACUUAAUGAAUUCUUACAUGAAAGUUCACAAAAUCCGAAUAUCCCUUCUCCAGUUACUCGCGGCCAGCUGCCUCUUCAUUGCCUGCAAGAUUGAGGAAAGCCUUAUUCCUGAGCCGGCAGAGCUUUGUUUCAUGAUGGAAGAUGCCUUCACCAAGAAAGAGCUUCUCAAAAUGGAGAAGAAGGUUCUCCACCGCCUCAGCUUUGAGCUGCACUACAUACAACCCCUGCAUUUCCUGCGCCUCCUCUCCGUUACCGGGAAGUGUCCUGAAAAUGUUGAGUACCUCGCCAUGUACUUCAUGGAGCUAACUCUACUGGAGGCUGAUGGAGCAAUGGUUGAGCCAGCCCUUUUGGCAUCUGCCGCAUUGUCGUUGGCACAGAUGGUAUCCCAGGAGUCUGGAACUUUGAGUCUUGAUCAGAAUGGGCAAGGGCCGCUCUACUCCUACAGUGAUGUAGACUUGAGCCUUCCUCAACAACUCAUGGGAAAAGCAGCCCUCCGUGUCAGCUCCAAGUCCAUCUGGCAGAAAUAUUCCCGUCCUCAGAGACAUGGGGUAAGCACAGGACCUGCCAUGGCCAACUCCAAACACCUUGCCCGCUGCAUAGGAAUGUUCUGCCCCAAUUCCUGA